AUGGGAUCGGUAGUUUGUACAAAUAAAAAAAGUCCACCUAGCACUUUAUUAUCUGAUGUUCCAAAUCCUUUUUUAGUUGAUGAAAAUCGUAUGGAAGUUAAGGAUAAUAAUGAUAAAUAUUUUGAUGAAGGAGAGUUAAAAGAAUUUGAAAACCAAUAAUUUUAAGUUUAAAAAAUGGUGAAUAAAUGUAUUAAGUAUAUUUAAAAUAAUUAAUUAAGAUGGCAGUCAUUAAAUCAUUAUUUAGGAUCUGGCUCAUUUGGUUCUGUUGAAUUAGGAAAAGAUAUUGAAAAUGGAUAAUUUAUAGCAGUGAAACAAUUAUCGAUAAAAGGAUACAAUCCUAAAUAAAUUUAGACUGUAUGUAUUCAAUUUUGAAGUAGUUAGAAAAUUGAUUAAUUUGAAUAAGAAAUAUUAGUACUAUCUAAAUUAGAUCAUCCAAACAUUGUUAAAUAUUUAGGAAUGGAAUAAACUUAGAAUCAUAUCAAUUUAUUUCUUGAACAUGUAUCUGGAGGUUCAAUUAAAUCAUUACUAGAAAGGUAUGGUAAAUUCCCAGAGAAUUUAGUCUAGGUCUAUACUAAACAAAUAUUAUAAGGAAUUGAAUAUUUACACAAACAUGGAAUUAUACAUAGAGAUAUUAAAGGAGCUAAUAUUCUAGUUGAUUCAACUGGAAUUUGUAAAUUAGCUGAUUUUGGAUCUAGUAAAAGAUUAUCAUUUGCCAAAGAAGAGUGUAAGACUUUUACAGGAACACCUAAUUGGAUGGCACCUGAAGUUAUUAAUGGAAAAGGUCAUGGAAGAUUUGCAGAUAUAUGGUCUUUAGGAUGCACAAUUAUUGAAAUGCUUACUGGAAAACCUCCAUGGUGUGAUGAAACUAAAAAUUAAUAUCAAAUCAUUAUGGAAGUUAUGAAAGGAUCUCCUCCAAACAUACCUUCUCAUUUAAGUUCUUCAAUUAAAGAAUUUUUAUCACAUUGCUUUUAGUAUUAAUGAUAAAAUAAUAAAUAUAGAUAAGAACCACAUAAGAGAUGGAAUGUUAUAAAAUUAUUAAAUCAUCCGUUUAUUCCAAAUACUAGCAAUACUACUUUCUCUGUUGAUAUUAGUAAUAUGUUUAAACCACUACAAAAAUAAAUAAAUUGA